UAAACCAUUCUGCAGCAUACUCCCGGAAAUCGCCAAGCCGGAGCGAAAGGUAAUUUAUAAAUAAAAUAAAAGCAACUAUCUUAGCUAUAUUACUAGACAUUUUUAAAAUCGCAUAUCUUGAAUUAAAACAGAAGCUGAUUUCGAAACUAUGUUAAUAAUUUAAGAUAUGCUCUUAUUAGUCGUUGAUUAAAAUAGCCACGCAAGCAUUUAAUAUAAGUAAUUAUGUAUAAAUUCAAUUUAAAAGUGCAGUAAAAUUGUAAGCUGUAGCACAAAUAUUCACACGGCUCCAGAAUUUUCAAUUAUAUUAUUUUUGUAUAAAAUAAGAAUUUUCAUUGUUAAUAUUUUUUCUAAUAUGUAUGUAUGUUUCCAAUAACAGUUUGAAUAAGUAAAUAGACCCCAUUUCAUAGUUUGAACAAAUUAAAUUAUUACUUAUUUUUUCUUUUAAUUCCUACUUCAUAUGACUUUGUAUAAACGAAGUUGUAUUUCGCUGCCACAAGUGUCAGAUUUUGACAGCUUGUGCGCUACGUGUGCCACAGAUUUGUUUGCUGUUCGGUUAUGCCGAAUAAACGUCAUCGUUCCCCGUCGGCUACGAUUUCUCCAGCAAAUUUCACGUUGUCGACGUAGUAAAGAAAUAACAUAAAUGUAAAAAAAAAAGAUCUUUAAAAGUCAAUGUGUUUUGUUAGAGAGAGAAGGAGAUUGAGUGAGAAACGACUUUAUCAAAUCGCGUUUGCAUACGUAGUUUAAAAAACUAGAUUCAAUUCAGGGAGAAGGUGCUAUGGACUGCUAUAACACUAUUCAUCUUCUUGGUUUGUUGCCAAAUCCCGCUUUUCGGCAUUAUGAGCUCAGACUCAGCUGAUCCAUUCUACUGGAUUCGUGUGAUCUUGGCUUCUAACCGUGGUACGCUUAUGGAGCUUGGUAUAUCGCCAAUUGUGACGUCCGGUUUGAUUAUGCAGCUGCUGGCGGGUGCCAAAAUCAUUGAGGUCGGUGAUACGCCCAAGGAUCGUGCGUUGUUUAACGGUGCACAAAAAUUAUUCGGCAUGGUUAUCACAAUUGGCCAGGCUAUUGUGUACGUCAUGACUGGCAUGUACGGAGAUCCUUCAGAAAUUGGCGCUGGUGUUUGUUUGUUGAUCAUCAUUCAGCUAUUUGCUGCUGGUUUGAUUGUGCUAUUGCUUGAUGAAUUGCUCCAAAAAGGUUACGGUCUGGGAUCGGGUAUUUCACUUUUCAUUGCUACCAAUAUUUGUGAGACAAUUGUGUGGAAGGCAUUCUCACCAACAACAGUUACAACAGGACGUGGAACUGAAUUCGAAGGCGCCGUGAUUGCUUUAUUCCACUUGAUGGCCACACGAAAUGAUAAAGUUCGUGCGUUGCGCGAAGCUUUCUAUCGUCAGAAUUUGCCAAAUUUGAUGAAUUUAUUGGCUACCAUCUUGGUAUUUGCCGUUGUCAUAUACUUCCAAGGCUUCCGUGUGGAUUUGCCCGUGAAAUCGGCACGUUACCGUGGUCAAUACAGCAGUUAUCCCAUUAAGCUUUUCUACACCUCCAACAUUCCAAUCAUUCUGCAAUCGGCUUUAGUUUCUAACUUGUAUGUCAUCUCUCAAAUGUUGGCCGUCAAGUUCCAGGGUAAUGUCUUCAUCAAUCUUCUUGGCGUAUGGGCUGAUGUUGGUGGUGGCGGCCCAGCUCGCUCGUACCCAAUUGGCGGUCUUUGCUACUAUCUAUCGCCACCAGAGAGUGUAGGACACAUCUUAACCGAUCCGAUACACGCUAUUCUGUACAUUGUCUUCAUGUUGGGAUCAUGUGCCUUCUUCUCGAAAACAUGGAUUGAUGUGUCUGGUAGCUCAGCCAAGGAUGUUGCCAAACAAUUGAAGGAGCAACACAUGGUUAUGCGUGGUCAUCGUGAAAACUCCAUGAUCCACGAACUGAACCGUUACAUCCCAACAGCGGCUGCGUUUGGUGGUCUCUGUAUUGGUGCGCUGUCUGUCAUGGCUGACUUUUUGGGCGCCAUAGGCUCAGGCACCGGUAUUCUGCUGGCUGUAACCAUCAUCUAUCAAUACUUCGAGAUCUUCGUUAAGGAGCAAUCUGAAAUGGGUGGCAUGGGCACUUUACUGUUUUAAGUUGUUGGUGCUUUGUACAUUAAUUAAACGAUGUUAUUUAUGAGAUAUGUAACUCACUCGAAGUAAACGUUUGCUUUGAGCCCAACGACUACCGCUACAUAUGUACUGUUACUUGUUUCCAGACAUUUGUUCCAUUAUUGAAUGUAAGAUUUACACCUGUACGGACAGAGUUGAACUCUCAAAAUUCAACAUACAUUCAAGUCCAUAACUCGCCUCACAAAUUGCACACAUCAAACAUUUCCACAUAAAAACGAAGGAGUUGGCUCUGUCAUUAUUAUUAUGAUUUUUUAAUAUCAAUUGCGUCCAAUUUUAUGGUCGUUUUUAGAUUUUUCUUUAAAAACUUGUAAAUGUGUUAUUUUUUACAUAAAUUUGCGAAAUCGCAACGAAUCCAUUACUGUGUGAACGCGGUGAUAUGGUAGUAACAACAAGAACAGUAACAUAAAACUUCAUACAAACAAAUAAUAGACUUUCUUUAUGUUAAAUUUAAUAUUAUUUCAAUUAUUAUGUUAAUUGUAUGUGAUUAGCGUUACUGCAGCAGCUUAAAUGUUUUCACAACGCUUAUCAAGUAGUGGUUGUCUAGCUAUAAAUUCAGUCAGGGCAAACAAUUAAUGUAAUGAUAUGUAAUAAUAUUAAGAUUUACAUAAUAGUUAAUUUAUACAGAAGCGAAAUGAAGUUAUAAUAAUAAAGCUAGACAUUUAAUAUUAAGUUGUAAUAAAA